AUGGACACCACCUUCAUCACAAUUCAUGAUCUCUCGAGAGAUGCCUCAAUCCGAUAUGCCUCGGAGAGUAUUCAGGUGGUGCUUGGAUACCAACCAUACGAGGUGCUGAAUCGCUCGUGCUGGGAGUACUUCCAUCCACAGGAAUUGCCUUUCGCACGCAGUGUCCAUGGUCGGGGCGUGCGCCUGGAUAAGGCCGCUGUGCUGAACUACUGUUCGAUCCGACACAAGGAUGGAUCGUGGGUCGGAUGCGAGUGUGUUUUUACGGUUGUGUACGACGUGUUGAUCGCAAGUACCACCGUCUAUGGACGUGGGAAGGGCGCCCAGAAUCGUGCCAUUGAUGCGCCUAUUGUCCGCCAUCUCUUCGACUCCUCACCCAAUGACUCGCGCUAUCACAUGCUCACGUGGCUAUCCAACAAGUUCUCGCAACGUCUUGAUGAGCCACUUCAUGAGCCUCGCGCGGCGAUGUUCGUGAAUAGAUUUACUCGCACUGCGACUAUAAUGUACGCUACGAGCGGCGUGAGCGAGAUUCUAGGCUUGAGUCCGAGCCAGCUUAUCUCGAAGAGCUUCUUCUACUGUAUCCAAGAGCAUUGCCUGCGGGAUGCAGUAAGAUGCUUGGAGAGCGCGAAGGCGAACGACUCAAUUGCCUAUCUGCGAUUUUGGUUUCGGAAUCCCAUGCAGGAUGAAAAUCCAGAAAUGGCUCAACGUGGACUCGUCGCAUUUUCGGACCCAAUCCCUCCUCUUGAGCUGGAAGCCGUUGUGUCGUGCACAUCGGAUGGACUAGUUGUUAUUCUCCGUCGUGCUCGGGCUCCCAUACCUACCAGCACUACUAUGCCACCUCAGCCGGUCCCUGUUUACUCAAAUGGUCUUUUUGCGGCGCCGUGGGCUCCUGAGCCAGUCUACUCUUAUGAGGAAGCGCCACGUGCCCAGGAAAACAUCGAUCCGAAUGUGGGGUAUCCCGAGGUGAAAACUACGCUUUGCAAAGACGACCACUCUUCCGGGUCCGACUUUACUUCGAGCUCUUCUGCUCCCAGCUCUGCAGUGACUCCUCCCCAACCAGAGGCUAAGGCCGGUAGCUCUGGUGGUCCUCCGACGCAGAACCUCAUGGACACGAUCCGAGAGGUGGCUGUCUUCGCUUGGGGUAUUGUUGGAAUCAACCGGUCGCUCGAGCAGUACAAGGUCGGAACACCAGCAGGCAAUGCUCAGCCGGCAAAUGCAGCUUUCGGUGAUAACUGA